AUGCUGCGCUGCACGCGCUACAGUCGUGCGCUGCCGAAGGUGGAGCGGCGCAAGCGCAAAGGUCAGCCGACGCGGCCAGGAAUGCCAGACCUGCCGAAGAGCGCUGGCGGCUACGUCUUCCGGCAGCUGCGGCCGUACCUUCCCAUUGCAUGGCAGUACGGCUGGCGCUGGAAGUUGCUGCAGUCCAUGUGGCUUGGUGCUGGCCUCUCAAUCGCAGGGUGCUUGAUCUACGUGAUGUACUACCGCGACUCAGAAGAGAUGAUCGCGGCAAAGGCAGCGCGCUACACGUACGUUCGCAACGAGCGCGGCGAGGUGGUCGACAUUGGCUACAAACCGAUCAUCGACGCCAGCCGCCGCGCCCAACGAAGGGCGCAGCGCAUACUAGACGAGGCGAGUGACGACGAGGAUUGA